CACAGAUCACGUGGGGUCGCUGGGCUGGAGAAUUCGCUGCGAUGGCGACGACGGCUCCGUGCUGGAAAGGGACGCAGUGAAGCUGGCCUCGGCUCGGAUAUGACUAAUGUUUAUUUGGUCGAGGUUUAUUUUGCUGCUCAGUUACUGCACAGGCCUCGGAUGGAUCUUCGGCUCCGCACUUCUCGCCGCCGCCGUGACUGAUUUCCAUGUCUUACUUGUGAGAGUUUGCAAACAGGAUAACCAGGACUGCGCAUCAUCCAUUAUUGACUGUCUGUGACUGGUCCAGGCAGGAGUUCCUUGUUGGGUGACCCACACUCCUUCACAGGGGCCAUGGAGGAGGAGGGGCUGCACAGCUUGGAGUGUAUCCAUGCCAAUCAGAUUUUCCCCAAGAAGUCCCCCGUCCUUGAAGAGGAAAACAUGCAGGUGCCCUUUCCUGAGCUGCAUGGGGAAUUCGCUGAAUAUGUGGGGAGAGCAGAGGAUGCCAUCAUCGCGAUGUCCAACUACCGCCUACACAUCAAGUUCAAAGAGUCUGUUGUCAACGUCCCUCUUCAGCUUAUAGAGAGUGUGGAGUGUCGGGAUAUGUUCCAGCUCCAUGUUACCUGUAAGGACUGUAAAGUCAUCAGGUGUCAGUUCUCCACGUUUGAGCAGUGUCAGGAAUGGCUGAAACGUCUGAAUGUUGUAGUCCGCCCUCCCUCUCGCCUGGAGGAGCUCUUCUCCUUUGCCUUCCACGCCUGGUGCAUGGACGUGUAUGCCGGCGAGAAGGAGCAGCAUGGGGAGCUGUGCAGACCAGGCGAACACGUGACCUCAUGGUUCAAGAACGAGGUGGAGAGGAUGGGCUUUGACACUCAAAACGCCUGGAGGAUAUCUGACAUCAACAGCAAGUUCAGACUUUGCCCCAGCUAUCCUCAGCAGCUCCUGGUGCCAGCCUGGAUCACUGACAAGGAGUUGGAAAAUGUGUCAGCCUUCCGCUCCUGGAAGAGGUUUCCUGCUGUGGUUUAUAGGCACCUGAGCACGGGAGCUGUGAUCGCCCGCUGUGGUCAGCCAGAGGUCAGCUGGUGGGGCUGGAGGAACGCUGAUGACGAGCACCUGGUCCAGUCCAUCGCCAAGGCCUGCGCCGUGGACAGCAGCUCCCGUAAACACAUCCCGAACGGCACCUACACCAACAGCUCAGACCUGCCUGACACUGACUUUGAAUCCUCCAUAACCAACAGCUCAGAGGUGGAGACGUUGGUCAUCCAACCCCACAAGUUACUUAUCCUAGACGCCAGGUCCUACGCUGCUGCUGUAGCGAACAGGGCCAAGGGGGGAGGCUGUGAAUGUCCAGAGUACUAUCCCAACUGUGAGGUGGUGUUCAUGGGCAUGGCCAACAUCCACUCCAUCCGCAAGAGUUUCCAGUCUCUGCGUUUCCUCUGCACUCAGAUGCCUGAUCCAGCCAACUGGCUUUCUGCACUGGAGAGCACCAAGUGGCUGCAGCACCUGUCCCUGCUGCUUAAGGCGGCGCUGCUUGUGGUCAACGCCGUGGAUCGGGACCAAAGGCCCGUUCUGGUGCACUGCUCCGACGGCUGGGACCGCACACCUCAGAUUGUUGCUUUGUCCAAACUGCUGCUGGACCCUUAUUUCCGCACCAUUGAGGGCUUCCAGGUUUUGGUGGAGACCGAGUGGCUGGACUUUGGCCAUAAAUUUGCAGACCGAUGCGGCCAUGGAGAAAACUCAGAGGAUCUGAACGAGCGCUGCCCUGUCUUCCUGCAAUGGCUGGACUGUGUGCACCAGCUGCAGAGGCAGUUUCCAUGCUCCUUUGAGUUUAAUGAGGCCUUUCUGGUGAAGCUGGUACAGCACGCCUACUCCUGUUUGUUUGGCACCUUCCUGUGCAACAGCGGUAAGGAGAGGGAGGACCGCCACGUCCAGGAGAGAACCUGUUCAGUGUGGUCGCUGCUGAGACCGGCCAACCGCACGCUGAGGAACAUGCUUUACUCCUCACACUCGGAGACCGUUCUCCACCCAGUGUGUCACGUGCGAAACCUGAUGCUGUGGACGGCGGUCUAUCUGCCCAGCUCCUCCCCCACCACCCCUUCCGAUGACUCCUGUGCCCCUUACCCUGUGCCCGGUGCCAACCAGGAGGAUGCACCACUGGGCAGAUGUGCGAAGACUCGUUCCUUUGACAACUUGCCCAGUGCAUGUGAGCUAGGAAGCUCCCUGGCUCCUAACCGGCGCUCCAGUGACCCAAGCCUCAAUGAGAAGUGGCAGGACCACCGGCGCUCUCUGGAGCUCAACAUGGCAGUGGGGCCCGAUGGAGGGGAGGACCAGGAUCAGGAGGUGCUGCCCAAUGGAGUGGGACCUUACCCAGACGGAGCGGACUCUGAGCCGGACGAUAGUCCGCUGCCCAGUCGCUCACCCACUGAGCUCGUAAAGGGAGCCUCUGUGAGAACCCCAGCAAUAGGAGAAGAAGCAGAGGAGGCGGAGCUCUCUGUGGCAGUGGGCGUGGCUGAAAGCCAAAUGCAGAAUAUUCUUCAGGAAGCCAGAAAAGAGGAGGCGUGGGCAGAACUGAGAGAUGGAAGUGCUGCUGUCACUCCUGUUAUUAAUACUGUUGACAAGGAGUUGGAGGAAAUAGCAAAAGUUGAGGAUGAGUGUGCUCAGGUCAACGGGCCUGAAAUGCAAACAGAGGCGUUUACUAAUGGUCACUAUCCAGAAAAUGGCGAAAUGGAGGCUGAGGAGGAUUUUGAGUCUCCUCCUCUGCCCACACUGAAGGCCGAGGAUCCGGAUCAACAGGCAGCGGAGAUGACUCAGACACCAGAAAAUGUAGUGACGCAAGAUGUCGAGAACCCUUCUGUAAAAGAGGAUGUUGCACAUGGAGCCAGUGAGUCCACCUCAGGUGAGCUAGAGCAGCCUGCAGCUCAUAGAACUAUAACUAACAGCUUUGUGGACAGGUCACCUGAAGAGCCAGGUGUGGAUGCGGAGACCUUCCCUGACUCUGAAUCUGAAUCUGACCGUGUUGUGUCUGAGCCAGUAGAGCAGGCGGAGAAGAGGGCCUCCCCGAUGGAAAGCUCAACAGAGACUUUAACUGAAGAGGCCUGCAGCAGACUGGAGCUGCCCACACAGCCACCUGUUUGUCUGAGCCAUCAGCCCUGCAGUGAUGGCAGGAGCCAUCAGCCCUGCUCCAGGAGAGAAAAAGGGCUAGAGGCAGGCGAACAAAGCUUUAUCAGAACUUUGAAUGGGGGCACCAAGCGACCCUCUGUCAGUGCCUUUCACUCUGUCAGUGCUGACCUCAGCAGGGACGGGCUUUAUAAUGGAGAUGGCUCUGACGGGGUGCCCUGUGGAGGUCCUCACUGGGCCAAAGGGAACGGGGAGCGGGCCCCUCUGAGUCGACAGAUAUCCCUAGCAAGCUGCAACUCCCUGAUCCUUCAUCCGCGGGGCAGUUGCUCUCAGCACCGUUUGUGCAACACCCUGCUGGCCCGGGCCGCCAUCAGCCCAGAGCAGCCGUCACGCAGUCACCUGGAUGAUGACGGGCUGACGCUGCACACUGACGCCAUCCAGCAGAGGCUGAGGCAGAUCGAGGCGGGACACCAGAUGGAGGUGGAGACUCUGAAGAAGCAGGUGCAGGAGCUGUGGAGCCGUCUGGAGAAUCAGCAGCACACAGGCUCCCACAGGAUCAACGGUGACAUGGGAGAUGAAGUGACCUCAAUGACAGACUCUGAGUACAACCUGGACCCCAACUGUUUGUCGCGCUGCAGCACAGAGCUCUUCUCUGAGGCCAGCUGGGAGCAGGUGGACAAGCAGGACACUGAGGUCACUCGUUGGUACCCUGACCAUUUAGCAGCCCAGUGUUACGGCUGCGAAAGCAGGUUUUGGCUCGCCACCAGGAAGCAUCACUGCAGUGGCAGAGAACCUGUCCAGGAGGUCUGGAACUGCGGUAACGUGUUCUGCGCCAGCUGUUGCGACCAGAAGAUCCCAGUGCCAAGCCAGCAGCUGUUUGAGCCCAGCCGUGUCUGUAAGACCUGCUACAGCAGCCUCCAUCCUUGCUCAAUUCCCCUGGACCUGGAGCUGGAGAAACCCAUCACAGCCAGCUCCAACUGAGGCUCAGAGGACCAGGUCAGGAGAGGGGGAGUCGGGCUGAGCGACACAGGCGCACUGCUGAGAAAGAGCACAGGAGCUGCACAGAAUGUCCCGUGUGUGUGUGUGUGUGUGUGUGUGUGUGUGUGUGUGUGUGUGUGUGUGUGUGUGUGUGUGUGUGUGUGUGUGUGUGUGUGUGUGUGUGUGUGUGUGUGUGUGUGUGUG